UUUCUAAACAAGAAAGAAGUACUGAUAUCCGUUUUAUUCCAUCUCCCUUUCAAUUAUCUUUGAAUAUAUAUCGUGAGAAUAUGGCAGACUUACGUGAUGAGCAUGGAAAUCCAAUUCAGCUGACAGACCAAUAUGGACACCCGGUUCAGCUGACCGAUGAGCAUGGUAACCCCAUGCACCUUACUGGGGUUGCCACUACUGCCGGCUCUGGUGUUGCUCCGACGACUGUUGGUGGAAUACUGCACCAGAAGCCAGAGUCAGAGCAACAACAGCAGCUGCGAAAAGAACAGCAACAACAAGAGGAGAAACAACAACAGGAGGAGAAAGAGCAGGAGGAGCUCCACCGGUCCGGCAGUUCAAGCUCUAGCUCUUCAGAGGAUGACGGACAAGGUGGGAGGAGGCCGAAGAAGAAAGGUCUGAAAGAGAAGAUAAAGGAGAAAUUAACCAUUGGGAAGCACAAGGAGUCGAAGGAGGAAGAACAAUACAAACACAGUACGGGAACGACAACAACAACGAGUGCGAUGUCUACUAGUACUGCACCAGAGCACCAUGAGCAUGAGAAGAAGAGUAUGAUGGAGAAGAUAAAGGAGAAGUUGCCUGGUCACCAUAAUCAUAAUCAUUAGAUCCAAUAAAAGUAGUUAAGUGGAAUUAUGAAAAUAAGAAUGUUGUAUUUGUGUGGGAAUUAAGUUAUCCUUUUAUCUUAUAUGCAUGGUAGUGGGUUUUCGCUUAUGGGUAUAUACUGUAGCAGUUUAUAGCAUAUGCUUGCUUGGUUGAUCGUAGAACAGGUGGUGGUGUAAGUUUAAGAACAAAAACUGAAAGUAUGUUCUUUUCUAGGUAUUUUAAGGGUCUUGUCUUUGUUGCUUUCAAUUCUUCUAUGACUGUCAAUGUUAGCUGCGUUUUGUUGUCUCCA